AUGACGUCCUGGUUGCGUGCGCAAAAGAAGUCCGACCUCGUCGACAUCGCCGAGACGGUUGGGCUGAAAAAUGUCUCAAGCUUGAAGAAGAGUGACCUGGAGUCCGCCCUGGACGAGUACCUCACCGAGAACGCGUCGCACCUCUCGUCGGACCCCAGACUUGCUCCCUACUUCAACAUCCGCUCCAAGACCAUCGGCUCGCCCGUCAAGCGCGAAUCAUCCGAAGUCAAGGUGACCAAGCGUCGCCAGCCCAAGUCUGCGCAGGAAGAGUCUACAUCGGCUGCCGCUGAGGAUGACGACUCCAUCCGUGGCCGGUCCACCGCUCUGAUCCGCACCCCGGGCCGUGCCCUGUCGCUGGCUGCCAGCCGUAUCGCGCUGCCCGCCUCGCCCGCGGAUGUUGCGCAGGCCGUUGACCGCAGCGCGCUCGCCGUGCGUGAGCGCGUCGUCUCGAUUUACGCCGACUCGGGUAUCACCGAGGUGACCCAGGCCACGCGCGAGUCGCUGUCGACUGUCUACGCCAUUGCCCUGCUCGUGUCCGCCUUUGAGUGGUUCCACCUGCGCGCCGAGGUCCUGCCCGUGCGCUACGCUUUCUCCAUCCCCGCCAUCCGCUUCCUCGGCACCAGCGCGUACCCGGUCUCGCUGCCCGACGUGUUUUUGCUGCUGACGGCGUCCUUCUGGUCGCCCGUGAUCCUGUUCUUCCUCAUCUCGAUUGCCAUCCCGUCGUUUGUCGGCUACUUCUUCAACCUGUCGGCCGCCAGCGGCAGCCACCACACCGGACGCGGCCGCUCCCGGCCGUUUUCGAACUCCGAGUACGCCGUGGACCCGCUGACGUUCAGCGUGGCCAAGGCCAUUCUGGUCUACGUGAUCCAGGCCCAGGGCGUCGACUUCUGCGGCUGGAUCGACCAGCUGGCAGUAGCCCGCAUCAACUCGGCCCUGUACGGUGGCUGGCAGGGCGCCAUUGCCGGUGCCGCCGUCACUGGCCUCGCCAGCCUGUACGACGCUGUUCUGCGGAAAUAG